AUGGCUUCCCAUCUUAAAGGUGUGAAGAAAACAACAAUGACAGACGAGAUUCGAAGAGCAUUAUGCAAGCACAAUAAGGAUAAUCCAAGUCUCACUCAAAAGAAAUUGCAAGAAUGGGUUCAUAGUAACUAUGAUUUGCAGGUGAGUCAAGCGACAAUAUUGAGCUUGGAUGACUGCAUGGACUAUGGAUAUAACGUGAAUUUUGAGAACUCAGAUAAAGGUAGUGAAAGCACUCAAGAACUCCAGAAUUUGAUCAAAGAGUUGGGUGAUCGCAAUGCAAUGGAUGUCGAAGAUGUUCUGAUUUACCCAGAAGAAAAUGUAGUUGCACAGUUGUUGACUGAUGAAGAAAUUAUUGAAAGCGUUAUUGGAAUUAAUAAAGAUGAUAUCGAUGAAGAAGAUGAUGAAAGUUCUACCAUGGAGCCCCCUUCGCGAAAUGAAGUUAUUAAAGCGACAAUCACAUUGAACAAUUUCUUGUUGAGUUAUGAGAAAACAACACCAUGA